CACUCUCACUCUCCUCCGCUCCAACUCGGCUACUUGGUGCGGCUCUCCCCCGACUCCUCCCGCCAGCUGUGGGAAGUCUCCGAAGAACUUCGUCUCUCUCCAGCAAUGCAUCUCUGUGCGGUUCUGUUUUGUGUUCUCUGGUCUGCAGUGCGCGCCGAGAACUCGGAUGAUUAUGAGCUCAUGUACGUGAAUUUGGACAACGAAAUAGACAAUGGACUUCAUCCCACCGAGGACCGCUGUGAAACAGCGAUUUUAUUCCCAAUGCGUUCCAAGAAGAUUUUUGGAAGCGUGCAUCCGGCGACACCAGUGAAGCUCGAGUCUUUUAGUGCCUGCAUUUGGGUCAAAGCCACAGAUGUAUUAAACAAAACCAUCCUGUUUUCCUAUGGCACGAAGAGGAAUCCAUAUGAGAUCCAGCUGUACCUCAGCUAUCAGGCCAUCGUGCUGGUGGUGGGUGGAGAGGAGAACAGACUGGCUGCCGAUACUGUGAUUUCCCUGGGAAAGUGGACCCAUCUGUGCAGCACCUGGAACUCCGAGAAAGGGCGCGUGUCCUUGUGGGUAAACGGUGGACUGGUGGCCACCACUGUGGGAUUGGCCGAAGGUCACAUUGUUCCCGAGGGAGGAAUCCUGCAGAUUGGCCAAGAAAAGAACGGCUGUUGUGUGGGUGGCGGCUUUGAUGAAACAUUAGCCUUUUCUGGGAGACUCACCGGCUUCAAUAUCUGGGAUCGUGUUCUCAGCAACGAAGAGAUAAGAGAGACUGGAGGAGCCGAGUCUUGUCACAUCCGGGGAAAUGUUGUCGGGUGGGGAGUCACAGAGAUUCAGCCACAUGGAGGGGCUCAGUAUGUCUCCUAAGUAUUGUGAAACUCUACUUGAAGCCAAAGAAAGAAACUCACUUUUUAAACAUAUGCCAGUUUGGGAAGGUCUAAAAACCACAGUGCAUAUUCAGAAACACUUGAGACGAAUGAAGGGGAGAGUUGAGAUCAAUCUUUAUUUAUCUUGGCAAAAUACUGAAUAAACAGUUGAGCGAAGACAUCGGAGAAGGCUUUUGGGGAUAUUGUUACUAGACCUUAUGCCACGGUGCUUUUAAAUUAAUGUUGUGUCUUUGUCAGAUAAACUCUCAAAUAAUUAAAAAGGACUGUGUUGUUGAAUAGGACAAUUGUUUUACUUUUUUUUUUUUUGAUUAAUUUUGUUUUGGCCAGAGAUGACUUUUACAUCGGAAGAAUAAUGAAAUAACGUUUGUUGUCGAUUGUUCAUUGUUAUUGGCAUGUACCUUAUUAUAAAAAAAAAUGAUGGUGAAACAUAUUUAUACUACAAUGUGACUUAACAAAUACAAAUGUAGUUUAUGUGUUAUAAUCAAAUGUCACUUUUUUGAGAAGAUAGUUAUAUAAGUUAUAUUGUAAAAUGGUUUUGUAUUAAUUUUAUUAAGACUAUUUUUGUAAAUAAAAUAUUUUAUAAACCUAA